AUGCAUUAUCGUUCAAUCGCGGUCGAGAGGCUUCCCUUUCAUUUAGAAGGAGAGAACAAAGUUUGUUUUAGAGGUAAUGAAAGUGUGGAAAGUGUUGCUUCGAGAGAAAAUUCUGCAAAGUCUAAAUUUACAGAAUGGAUGACUGCAAAUCAAAUAUGGCCAGAAGGCCGUCAUCUAACUUAUCCUGAGUAUCCAACGAAGUUCACAUGGCAUCAACAAGACAUGGCAUGGAAGCCACGAGGUGGUGGUAAGUCUGUUGGUCGUCUUUAUUAUGUCACUCCUUCAAUGGGACAGAAGUACUAUCUUAGGAUGUUACUAAAUGUCGUACGUGGGGCUCAAAGCUUCAAAGAUAUCCUUACUGUGGAUGGUGUAGAGCAAGACUCUUUCAUGUCAGCGUGCAAGGCUUUGCAUUUGCUAGGAGAUGACACUGAAUGGAUCCAAUCAAUAAAAGAUGCAUCCCAAUGGAAGUUGGGAAAUCAGCUCCGGGAGCUUUUUGUGACCAUAUUAUUGUUUUGUACCGUUGCUGAUCAUGCCAAGUUCUUCAGAGAAAGUCUUCCUUAUCUUUCUGAAGAUGUUUUGUACAAUCAGCGAUUACGGUUACAGAAUCAAAAAGUCAUCUUUACUGAUGAGGAGAUUGAAAAUUUCACCCUCCAAAAGAUAGAGACAAUAUUAAAUGCUAAUAAUAGGUCGUUGAGCGAUUUUCCAGGCCUUCCUCAAGUUAACCCUGAACUGAUUCAAUUCGGAAGAAACAAACUGAUAGCCGAUGAAAGGAGGUACAUGGUCCACGAAGAAAGGGAUUUAUGGCCCACUUUGUAUAGUGGAUUAAAUACAUCGCAAAAGGAAGUGUAUGAUAACAUCAUGCUAUCUGUAGAUGCCCAAAAUGGGGGCCUUUUUUUUGUUUAUGGAAGUGGUGGUACCGGUAAAACCUAUUUGUGGAGAACAAUUAUAGCCCGGAUACGCUCCCUUGGGAAAAUUGUAUUAUCUGUUGCAUCUUCUGGUAUUGCAUCAUUGUUGUUACCAGGCGGCCGAACAUCACAUUCAAGAUUUCGUAUACCUGUAGAAAUUGACAACGAAUCGUGUUGUGGAAUUGAUGUCACUUCAGAUCUUGCUGAGUUAAUACGAGUGUCAGAACUAAUCAUUUGGGACGAGGCUCCUUUACAACAUAGGCAUGCUUUUGAAGCUGUUGAUAGAACUUUUCGAGAUAUUUGUAAGUUGGAUAAACCCAUUGCUGAAACCCAAGUGUUUGGUGGAAAAGUUAUGGUCCUUGGCGGUGACUUUAGACAAAUUUUACCGGUCAUCAAAAAUGCACGGAGGGGUGAUGUUGUUGCUGCAUCUGUAAACAAGUCAGCUGCCAUAUGGGGUAGUUGUAGAGUAUUUGUUUUAUCUGUAAACAUGAGGCUUCGUGAUCCAUCGCUUGAUGUUGCAGAUGUGGAUCAAAUGAUGUGUUUUAACAAAUGGAUUUUAGACAUGGGGGAUGGUACUCUUCCUGCUAUCAAACUUGCUCAUGAAGACGAUGCUACAUGGAUUACCAUUCCAGAUGACCUGCUAAUUUCCAUAUCAGAUAACCCUACCACUGCUAUUGUGUCAAGUACAUACCCUGAUCUUUCAAACAGAAUCAACAAUAUUGAGUACUUGAAAGAGCGGUGCAUCCUCUGUCCAACUAAUGAUGUCGUUGAUCAAAUUAAUUCUCAUGUACUUGAAACCAUGCCAUCUGAUUUGGUGGAAUUGUAUAGUGCGGAUGAGAUAUGUCCCACCACAGAAAACUUGGAAGAAAUGCAGAUCAUGUACCCGCCUGAAUUUCUUAAUACGUUGAGAUUUUCAGGGGUUCCAAACCAUAAACUUGAGUUAAAGGUCGGUGCCCCAAUCAUAUUAUUACGUAAUAUAAAUCUGCAACGUGGUCUUUGCAAUGGUACACGUCUGGUGGUAACUCAGAUUAGUCGUUUGGUUAUUGAGGCUACUAUAAUUACCGGGAGGAAUAUUGGUGAAAAAACAUUAAUCGGAAGGAUUGACAUGACUCCAACUGAUUCAUCAUGGCCAUUUCGAUUUAAGAGAAGACAAUUUCUUGUAAAGGUUUGCUUCGCCAUGACGAUCAACAAAAGUCAAGGCCAAACUUUUAAUCAUGUUUGUGCAUACCUUCCAAAACCGGUAUUUACACAUGGGCAGCUUUAUGUUGUUGCGUCACGAAUAACCUCUAGAGCAGGUCUUCGAUUUUAUAUUGAUAAUGGAGGGGUGUGUGCUAAUAAUCUUACUCGAAAUAUUGUCUACAAAGAAGUGUUUUAUAAUUUGCCUAGAGGUAUUGGUAACGAUACACAUUAG